AAGUGACUUGUCAGAAUGUUGUUUCACACUCACUUGGAUGACACGACGACAUCUUGGCAGCCAGCAGGUACACGCAGAACAGAUCAGAGCGACGUGGGAAGUGAAGCAGCCGCUGGUGGAGGUGACGUGUCCCAGCGGCAGGUGCAUAAAGCUGAGAGCCUGCAGGCUGCGGGCAGGCUGAGAGUUUCUCUCAAGAUGAAGGUUCUGCUGCUGUUGGUCGUGCUGCUCGCUGAUGCACUCAGCAAGGACACCUUCGAAGGACAUCAGGUCCUUCGCAUCGUAGCAGAAGAUGAAGUCCAGUUGUCUCUUCUGGCGCAGCUCAGAGACGUGGAGGAACUUCAACUGGACUUCUGGAUGGAGGUUAUUGACGUGAACAAUUUUGUGGAUGUCAGAGUUCCUGUCCACAGUCUGGAGUCUGUCAAAGGUUACUUGGACAACAACAACAUCCGCUUCUCCGUCAUGAUCGAAGAUCUGCAGGCGAUCCUGGACGAGGAACAGGAGGAGAUGGACGCUUCCACUCGUGAAGCCGAGCCCAGAAACACGGACAGCUUCGACUUCUACAGAUACCACAGCAUCAGCGAGCUGUACAGGUUCCAGGACAUGCUGGUUGCUGAGAAUCCCACACUGGUCAGCAAGCUGGUGAUUGGUCAGAGUUACGAGCGUCGUCCCCUCAACGUGCUCAAGUUCAGUACCGGUGGAAGCAAGCGUCCCGCCAUCUGGAUUGACACGGGGAUCCACUCCAGGGAGUGGGUGACCCAGGCUAGCGGUGCCUGGUUCGCCAAGAAGAUCGUGAGCGACUACGGCCGCGACCCCGCGCUCACCACCAUCCUCAACAAGAUGGACAUCUUCCUGGAGAUGGUCACCAACCCUGACGGAUACUACUACACCCACACUAGUAACCGCAUGUGGCGCAAGACCAGGAAGCCCAAUCCUGGUUCUAGCUGUGUCGGUGUCGACCCCAACAGGAACUGGGAUGCUGGUUUUGGAGGACCCGGGGCCAGCGGUAGUCCUUGCUCCGAGACAUACCGUGGAACCAGAGCCCAUUCCGAGUCGGAAGUCAAGUCCAUCGUGGACUUUGUGAAGUCUCAUGGCAACAUCAAGUCCUUCGUGUCCAUCCACUCGUACUCGCAGAUGCUGCUCUACCCAUACGGCUACACCCGGACCCCCGUCAGGGACCAGGCUGAGCUGCACAGUCUAGCCAAGAAGGCCAUCACUGACCUGGCAUCCUUGUACCGCACUCGCUACAGAUACGGAAGCAUCAUCAGCACCAUCUACCAGGCCAGCGGCGGCACCAUCGACUGGACCUACAACCAAGGCAUCAAGUACUCCUUCACCUUCGAGCUGAGGGACACUGGACGUUACGGCUUCAUUCUGCCCGCCAACCAGAUCGUGCCCACAGCCAAGGAGACAUGGUUGGCCCUCAUGGCCAUCAUGGACCACGCCUCCAAGAACCUGUACUGACCUGCACGGCGCCGCCUGUAGGGGGGAUGUUGUUUGACGCCUCGCCUGUCUUAAAGCAGACCAAUAAAAGAAUGCAAGUGUCUGAUUGUUGGAGGCCAUUUGUAUCUAUCUAUGUACAGUGGGGUGAAAAAGUAUUGUGCAAGUUCUCCCACUUAAAAUGAUGACAGAGGUCUGUAAUUUUCAUCAUAGGUACACUUCAACUGUGCGAGACAGAAUGUGGAAAAAAAAUCCAGGAAUUCACAUUGUAGGAAUUUUAAAGAAUUUAUUUGUAAAUUAUGGUGGAAAAUAGGUAUUUGGUCAACCAUUCAAAGCUCUCACUGAUGGAAGGUUUUGGCUCAAAAUCUCACGAUACAUGGCCCCAUUCAUUCUUUCCUUAACACGGAUCAAUCGUCCUGUCCCCUUAGCAGAAAAACAGACCCCAAAGCAUGAUGUUUCCACCCCCAUGCUUCACAGUAGGUAUGGUGUUCUUGGGAUGCAACUCAGUAUUCAACGGCGAGUUGAGUUUAUACCAAAAUGGAUACAUGGAUGAUACAGCGGAGGAUUGGGAGAGUGUCAUGUGGUCAGAUGAAACCAAAAUAGAACUUUUUGGUAUAAACUCAACUCGCCCUGUCGGGCCAAUACUUUCAUACUUUCAACAAGUUGCAAACAUGUUUACAUAAGAUGACGGGAAAAAAAAAUGACAUGAAAUAUUGCCAUGAUUCUAUAAUUUUAUUUCAAAUCAAAAGGCCAACGUACUUGAAAAUGACAAGAACAUCAGUUCUGGUCUUGCACGAUUGAAACCAACAACACAACAAGGCAGCGACACACACACAUACACACACUACUACCAUGAAUUGAUUAACGUGGACCCCGACUUAAGUUGAAAAACUUAUUCGGGUGUUACCAUUUAGUGGUCAAUUGAACGGAAAUAUGUACUGAACUGUGCAAUCUACUAAUAAAAAGUAUCAAUCAAUCAAAACACACACACACAAAAGACGAUUAGUAAAAAUCAGCCUCAUCAAAUCAUUAAGACAGUUGUGAUAAAUGAUGCAUUUGACAAAAAUACAGUGUUAUAAAUGCAUCUUUUGUCUUAUGAACAUUCAGUUUUUCAGCACACACACACACGCACGCGCGCACACACACACAAAAGAAAACACAAUUAGUAAAAAUCAGCCUCAAGUCAUUAAGAGAGUUGUGAUAAAAGAUGCAUUUGUUAUAAAUGCAUCUUUUGUCUUAUGAACAUUCAGUUGUUCAGUACACACGCACACACACACACGCACAUGCACACACGCACAACCACGCACACGCACGCACACGCACGCACACACACACACACACAAGAAAACACAAUUAGUAAAAAUUAGCCUCAUCACUGAAUCAAAUCAUUAUGACAGUUGUGAUACAUGAAGCAGUUUUACACACACACACACACACACACACACACACACACACACACACACACACACACACACACAC